AUGUUCCUCAACAAGAUCGGGCGCCCUGCGAUCUAUCUGACAGGGUGCAUCUCAUGGUACGUCCGUAAAGAACUCGGCGUCCGUACCGGACUAUUCUACAGCGGUUCCAUGCUCUCCGGUGCUUUCUCGGGUCUCAUCGCCGCCGGCAUCACGAACGGCAUGGACGGCGCCCGCGGACUGCUAGCCUGGCGUUGGCUCUUCAUUAUCGAGGGAUCACUCACUGUCGCAAUUGCCCUCGGUGCAUUCUUCGUGCUGCCGGACUUUCCCGCCAACACCAGGUGGCUGACGGACCAGGAACGACAGCUGGCUAUGUGGCGCAUGGAAGUCGAUGCUGCGGGCGAGGAGGACUGGACGAGCUCCUCGUCGCAACCCAUCUUUGACGGCUUCAAGAUGAUCUUGGUUGAUCCUAUCAACUGGAUCCUUGUUGUGCUUGUCUAUGGCGCCGCAUCGUCAAUUUCGAUCAACAGCUUCUUCCCCACGGUCGUCGCGAGUCUUGGGAAGGAUCGUAUUACUACGUUGCUUCUUACUUCGCCGCCUUAUCUUCUGGCAUGCAUUGUUUGUGCAGCGGUCUCAUGGAACGCCGACCGCAUGAACGAGAGGUACUGGCAUACCGUCGCCCCGCUGGCGUGCUCGCUCGUUGGAUUCAUCAUCUCGAGUGCCGCGACGGGGAUCGGGCCGCGAUACUUUGGCGCCAUGAUCAUGCUUCCUGGGAUUUACACUGGCUUUAAUAUGUCCAUGGUUUGGACCGCCAACACGAUCUACCGACCCACGGCAAAGCGCGCCGCCGCGGUGGCAUUCAACAAUGCGUUUUCUACGCUUUCGGGUAUCUAUGGCUCUUACUUGUACCCUAACAACGCCACGCCGAGGUUCGUCUUGGCCUUCAGUGUGAAUGCCGCGAUGGCGUUGAUGGCGAUUGUUGCUGCCACUGUGUUGCACUUUAUUCUGAAGAGAGAGAACAAGAAGUUGGAGAUGAGAGAGCAGGAAGCUGAGGCUGCCGGCCAGGCGCAACUGAUUGGAAAAGGAUUCAGAUAUGUCAUCUGA